CCCGCCGCCACCCGGCCCGCUCCCCGGAGCCCCUCGGCCUCCCCCCGUGACCCCCAGCCUCCGCGGCCGCUUCCGGGAGUCCCUGGGCCUCCCCGAUCAGACCCCUCCCAGGAGCCCGGGGCUUUCCCGGCCGCUUCCCCCGAGCCCUCCGGCCUCUCUCCGCAGCCCGUCGGCCCCCGCGGAGCCCCUCUCACUCCCGGGCCGCUCUCCCGAGGCCACGCGGGGCUCGGGGAGGUUGGGCUGGGAGGAUGGUCGGGGGGCCGGGAGCACGCGCGCGGGCCCGGGAAGGCUGGAAGCGCUGCGUGGGCGGGUGGUACCGGAAGGGGUCCGGGCUGUCGGAGGAUGUGGCGAGGGAGCCCGUGGUGGGGGUGGGGGGUCCGAGGGGCGCGCGAAGGGGAGGACGAGGUGGAGGCCCGGGAUCCGGGGGUCCGCAGGACCCGUGGAGGGCCGGGAGGGAGCGCGAACUCCACGGAUGGGGCGAGGCCUUCGGGCCAAGCCGGGAAGGAGAGAAGCUCAAGGACACGUGUCCCAGGGGUGUCGCGCACAGGUGACCGGCCCCUGGAGGAGUCCUCUGGGCCCGUGGGGAAGGGCCCCACGCAUUGGGGUGGAUCGUGUGAGGCCGGAACUAGCCCUGUUGGUGGGGAGAGGGAGCUGAGGACGGUGCCUAAAAGAAGCUGUGGACCGGGUAUCUGAGGACGCACGGUGGGAUGAAGUUAUACGGAAGCGUCUCCUAAUUGAUGGAGAUGGUGCUGGAGAUGAUCGGAGAAUUAAUCUGCUAGUGAAAAGUUUCAUUAAAUGGUGCAACUCUGGAUCCCAGGAAGAGGGAUACAGCCAGUACCAACGUAUGCUGAGUACACUGUCCCAAUGUGAAUUUUCAAUGGGCAAAACACUGCUGGUAUAUGAUAUGAACCUCAGAGAAAUGGAAAAUUAUGAAAAGAUAUACAAAGAAAUAGAAUGUAGCAUUGCUGGAGCACAUGAAAAAAUUGCUGAGUGCAAAAAGCAAAUUCUUCAAGCAAAACGAAUACGAAAAAAUCGCCAAGAAUAUGAUGCUUUGGCAAAAGUGAUCCAGCAUCAUCCAGACAGGCAUGAGACACUAAAGGAACUGGAGGCUCUGGGAAAAGAAUUAGAGCACCUUUCACAUAUUAAAGAAAGUGUUGAAGAUAAGCUAGAAUUGAGACGGAAACAGUUUCACGUUCUUCUUAGUACCAUCCACGAACUUCAGCAAACACUGGAAAAUGAUGAAAAGCUCUCUGAAGUAGAAGAAGCUCAGGAAAUAAGCAUGGAAGCAGAUCCUAAGCCACAGACAAGCUAAUCGCUCAGCAUUCCCAAGAUGAAGUAGCAGCAGGAUCUUAGUGCGUUUGGAAUUUGUGUGCUCUUGAGAUAUUUAAAGUUUUGACAGUGAACUACUUUGCUUUUAGAUAUUAAUGUACAGUUCAUUCAUAUUUCUUCACACAAAAUGACUCCAAUUGGGGUUUUUUUUGAAAUAGCUUUUUUAUUCUUAAACUUAAAAGCAACAUCCAAAAUUUUUUAAUAAAAUGUUUUCAAGCCAGAUAUGUUUUCAUUAACAUUCUAGGUAGUUUUAACUGUUAAUAUUGAUUUGCUUACAAAAUAAGUUGAAGAUUGUGAGAAGGUGGUAUUUCUAGAAUGUGCAUGAGAAAAUGAGUCAACUUCUGGAAAUUGUUAUCACUUUUAAAAAUGGAGUACAUGAAUAGCUUCAGGAAGGCUAUGAACUUAUAAAAUAAUGUGCAACAUGUUUGUGGUGUAUGCUCAUUGUGGGGCAGUUUCCAUAUUAAGCAUCCCUGGUGUUAGAGGUAAUAACAAGAUGAAAAGUAAAUUCAUAUGCACUACUUUCUAGAUCUCUCACCUUAAUACGUGAGCAGCAUGGUUGUUAACUGUUUGGUUCAUAUAUUUUUUUUCUCUACUGUUUUAUUCUUUAGGAGUCAUUUUCAAUGGAAAAAAAAUGUAUUGGUAGAGUGAAGACUAGUCUGAGAUAAAUAGUCUGUGAAGAUGGCCUUGCAUAAAGAAUUUCAUGAUCUUUUUAACAAUUAAGCUAAGGCUGAAUCACUUGUAAUUUUCUUAAGUAUUGAAUCACAUUUUUAAUACUUGUUAGGUUCCAUCCUUAUUCAUUUAUUUUAGUUCGAAAAUCUGACACUGCAUGAAUCAUACCUUAAAAAUGUUACAUUUUUGUAAUUUUAAUAAGAAUUCUUGUCUUUAAAAAUGAAAGUUUAAAAUUAGUUCAGUAGUAGUCAUAUUAAAAGUGUAAUAAUACCUUUAAAUGCUUCCUCUAACUUCAUCUGGCAAAUCAUGGGAGAAAUUUAUUUGCAGAAUGGCUAUGCCUUAAUAAAUGUUUCUAUUUUCCAUUA